GAGAACCAGUCCAACAGGCUGUAACAUCACAACUGUCACCAACAUGGGACGUGUGUUCUCCUAUCAGCCCAGCUUCCUCAUUUGCCCAAGCUUCCUGUUGGACUCGAUGAUCUGCUGAUGGAACCCCCUUCGUAUGAGGAGGCCAGUCUCCACCCUCCUGCUCUGAACACAGUAGCAUUCAACAUCCGUCCUCCCCCCUCCUACGACGCCUCCCUUUAUUCCCCGCCAACACCUCCUCCCACUUAUGGAGAAGCAGUUACAAUCCAGCCAGAUCCUCAUCCUAUCUUGACGCUGCCAACUCCUGGAUGGACAAGAAACACUGUCAUAACCCACACAAUUACACAAAUUGGUGUAACACAGUCAGUCGGAGGGAGACCGUCUCAGCCCGUCGUAGUGACGACCCAGCCACGUCCUGUUCCCAUCUUAUUGACACAUCUAGGAGACGUCCCUGGUGUGGUUAGCUGCCCUCACUGCCACCACGUCGUCACCACUAAAGUCUCUUACCUGCCUGGGAGGUUUGCCUGGUGCAUGUGUUUUCUUCUCACAUUUUUGGGGUUUAUAUGUGGCUGCUGUCUGAUUCCAUUAACUUUAAAAAGCAUGCAGGAUGCACAUCAUUCCUGCCCACAGUGUGGAAAAGAUCUGUACACAUACACAAGAUGACACUGUCAGGAUUAGUAAGGUGCCUCUGUUAAUACCACUCAUAGCAUAUUUAUCCCACAACAAGGAUAACUAAUAUUUUAAUAGGAAUUAAAAGGCCUCCCGACCUACACAGGGGAGAAAGAGUAGAUUUUGGGAGCCGAAUACACUCAUACGUCCCUGACUUAUCAUCACCUAUUUAAGGUUUAAAAGGUACAUACAAAACUGAAUGAAGAUAGGGAGGGACAGACAAGUGGCUUUUGCUGUUUACGAAGUUUCUAUAGAAGUUUUCAUAGCAUUAUCUUGGCUACAGAAAUUCAAACUCCCUCUUCUAUGAAGGACCAUUGCCAUAUUUUAACCCUCAGGAGGUCAGUAUUUACAAAAACCCUGGGAAGGUAGUGAGAAGAAUACUUAUGUUGAUAUAUUUUUUUGUGUGUUUUUCUUCUGUUCUUGUCUUGUUUUGUUGUUGUUGUUGUUGUUGUUGUUGUUGUUGUUGUUAUAAUUCUAAUAUCCACCGCUAGAGGCAUAGAGACCCGGUGUUCUAUAUUUGAGUUUUUUUAAGGUCUAAACUCAUAGUACAUAUAUUAAAUACAUAGUAUAUAUUAUAUAUAAGUGUUGAUAUAACUGUGUUUUCUUACCAUGAAAACACCACUUUGAGAAAUGAUCCUCGUGAAAAACGUUUACUUUAUUUCAGUUAAAGUAACAGCAAAUAAAUAUAUCUAAACACAACUUUUUUCACCUGGCAAAACUUUUAAUGCAGAUGGUUUUGGCUCAGACUUUAAAAUGAAUCACCAGAUGUUUUCUCCUCUCUUGCCUCUCAGGGCUUCCAUAAUCCUUAUGUUGUACCAAAAAUAUUAUAGUUUCAGUUUUUUAAUAUUGACCUAAUUUGAGAUUUAUUAAAAAGAAUUACGUUUAAAAGCACAGCAAGUAUUUCUUGUUCGUAAAAAGUAGGCAGGAAACCCUUGUGAAAAUGUAUUUGUGGUUUUUACUUUACCAUUUUAACAUGUGUUUAGGAGUUUACAACCUUACAGAGUGCAGAGAAAAGACUAAACAGAGCAAAUCAAUGAUGAACAAGAGGAUGUCAGGUACAGAGGCAUCAACCAUAGGUUUAUUUUAUUUUUAUGAUAAGUGUGUUUCCUUUCUUAAAUACCAAAAGACUAAAUCUUUGUUAUUUAUGUUUGUUAAAUGUAUAUAAAGCGUAUAUUCAUGUUUUACUUGAAUCAAUAUUAGAAAACACACAUUGACUUAACAUGCCAUAAUUCUGCUUACAUCUUCUUUUAAAGGUCCUGCACAUCUGAGAUAAACCCACACAGAUGAUUGCCUCCAACCUAGUUAGCUUUGCUUAGUAAAAUCACAAAAAUAUGAAGCUUUAUUCUUCUUAUUAGUACGUGGAAUCAGUGAACACGCUGUGAGGGUGUGCAGGGCCUUUGAUCCGUCAAACAUUAACACAGGAUUGCAAACUGCUGCAAAUUAAUGACAGAACUUUUAAUACACAUAUAAAAUAAUAUUUUGUGGCUUCUCUAAAAGGUUUAAACAAGUACAAGUAUAAUUAUAUUGACAGGUCUAUUUGUUUUAUCAGGAGAAACCCAAAACCUCUUCAGUCGUGUACUUACCGUUCGACAGAGCCUGCUAGCUGUUUUCUGUUAAAUAACCAUCUCCUAAAGGCUGCCUCUUCUUAGUCCAUUAGUCAAACAAUUGGUUGUUUUGAUCUUAUUUGACUGAAAUUUUAACAGAAGCAUCUUGUACCCAUUUAUUUUGUGCUUUUGUUUUACAGAUCUGUUGCUUAAAUCAUAUGAAAAUGUAUUUUUGCAUUUUUAUGCACUAUUUUCUCUAAGCUAUGUUUUUACAAGACUAAACGUUUUGAGAGUAUGCCGUCAAUCUUCCCAUCAUAUCCUCUGCAAGAAAGUGAAUCAUGGAAUAACUUGUUCAACUGCUGAACUAUUCCUUUAAUCAUUAAGACUAUGAUAUGGACCUGAUGAGAACCAGGUGAAGAAAACUAGGUGAAGGCUGUGAUUGAAGGAUAUGUGCGCUGCCUGUGCUGUUGAAUCUAUGCACUCCAACUGAUCAACGCACCUGCUUUACCUGUUGUAAUGAUGUGUCAUGCUCAGUAACCCUACUAACAUUUUUAAAUAGGAAAAUAUUGUUAUAUUAUUCCGUAUGAGCCUAUCACGUUGAUAAGGAAAUAAAAAUGGCCUCAGUUACUAUUCAAAAGCUGUUGAGUUGUUUUAUUAUCGUA